AUGUGUUAUAUUUUGCAGGGAUGGGUGAAGUCAAUAAGAAAAUCAACUGAUGUGGUUUUUCUCCAUGUUUGUGAUGGGACGAGUUUAGAGCCAUUACAGAUAGUUAUUGAUAAGACUACCAGCUGCAGUCACCUGACUUACGGUUGUUGUGUAAAGGUCAAAGGUCAGAUUGUAGAGAGUAUAGGUCAGAAUCAGAAACUGGAAUUGGUGGCUGAAACUAUUGAUGUGAUUGGAGAAUGUGAUGUAAAAAUCUUCCCGUUUCAACAGAGGACUCACCAUACUUUAGACUAUGAUAGAAAUCAUUUACAUCUUCGCCCCAAAACUAAAACACACAGUAGUUUAUUGAGGGUGAGAAAUACAGCUUCAAUGGCGGUACAUCAGUACUAUCAGGACAAGGGAUAUUGUUUUGUUCAUACACCUAUAUUGACAACCAAUGAUUGUGAAGGAGCAGGAGAAGUCUUUCAAAUACAGCCUAUGAAGAAAUCAGAAAAAGAAGAAUUUUUUAGAUGUCCGACAUUUUUGACAGUCUCAGGACAACUUCAUUUAGAAAUUAUCACAGGGGGAUUGAACAAAGCAUAUAAUUUUGGUCCAACAUUUCGAGCAGAAAACUCUAAAGGGAGACAUCAUUUAGCAGAAUUUUAUAUGAUUGAAGCAGAGUUAUGUUUUCUUGAUGGUUUAGAUCAGUUGAUGGAGGUUAUGGAAGAUAUGAUAAAGACAAUAACAAGUAGUAUUUUAACUACAAGUCACAGUGAUGUAGAAUAUUUCUAUGAAUAUAUAGCACCUAAUCAACAUAAGACUCUGAUAGAUAAAGUGUUAAACAGUAAAUUUGAAAGAAUGAGGUAUACAGAGGCAGUAGAUUUACUGCAGAAAAAUCGACAGAAAUUUAAAGUUGAUAUCAAGUGGGGAGAUGAUUUAUCAAAAGAACAUGAAAAAUUUAUAACUAAGAAGCUUGAUUGUCCAGUCUUUAUCACAGAUUAUCCAGCAACGUUAAAACCAUUCUAUGCCAGAGCUAAUGAAGACGGCAAGACAGUGGCAGCAGUGGAUUUAUUAGUACCAGAAGUAGGAGAGCUGAUUGGUGGAAGUUUGAGAGAGGAAAGGUUAAAGUUCAUGGACGAGAAACUGAAGUCACUAAAACUAUCUGAGGAAUAUCAAUGGUAUCUGGAUCUAAGAAGAUAUGGUACAAAUCCUCAUGGUGGAUAUGGUCUAGGCUUUGAGAGAUAUCUACAGUUUCUAUUAGGUGUAUCUAAUAUUAGAGAUGUUAUACCCUUUCCAAGAUCUUCUUCACAUUGUCAGUUAUAG